AUGGCUCUACACCAGGUGCACUAUAUUGAGUUUGAUGACAGUUGUUAUAGAGGUAAUGGUUGCUUGCUUGUUGCUUCUACCUUGACGAUACUUGUGGUAGAUCGUCGUCAAUGUCAUUAUCCAAAUGAGCGUAAAACUGAGAAAAUACACUACUGUCUGAGCACCCUGCAGGAAAGGGUCUAUCCAUUUUAUGUCAAGCAGAAGGGACAGCCAACAUCAUCUCAAGAAAGAAACUCGAAAGAAGUGAACGGGCUGUUUGAGGCAAUUGCAAGAAAUGACAUACAGGCUUUCAAGGACUCGAUUCAAAACGAUGAAGGAUUUCUUAUGCAGAAAACUGGGGAAACAAAGAACUCAGUGUUGCACCUUGCCGCAAGGUUCGGUCACAUUGAGCUACUUGCCUUUAUCAUUGAGGUACUUCCUGACUUGGUUUCUGUCGGAAACAUCAAGGGUGAAACUGCGUUACACGAAACUUGUCGCCAAGGGAAUACCAAUGUCGUAAAGCUGCUGCUAGAGGCCAAUCCAUAUGUGGUUGGUACUCUUAACCAUGAAAUGCAAACUGCUUUUUACGUAGCCUGCAGUUAUGGGCAUGUAGAAGUUGUUACGUACAUGGCAGACCAACCAGGAGUGUUAGACUCUGAAGAACAGGAAGCUUUGAGUCCUCUUCAUGUGUCUAUAGCAGAAGGCUACUUUGAUAUUGUUAGAACUAUUCUGAAAGGUUGCCCCAGGUUUGCUUGGAAGGUUGACACUAAUGGGUGUCUACCGCUUCAUAUAGCUUGCGAAAAAGGUCACUUGGAGAUAUCAAGAACACUGUUGAUGAUUGAUCCAAACUUAGCUCUCGAAUUUGACCAUUAUCGUUAUACACCAGUACACUUGGCUGCUAUGAAUGGUCAGAUCAAAAUCCUUGAGGAACUUCUUUUGUGCUCUCCCAAAUGUUUAGAAAGUCUCACAGGAGAUGGAGAAACUGUGUUUCAUCCUUCAGUUAGAUUCAACAGAUACGGGAACAUUACAUUGUCGGAGCACAUCAUCAAGAAUACUACGGUUGAUGUCACUUGUAGAAACCAAAGAGGUCAAACGGCAAUGGACAUCUUACGCCAGCAAAGAAGAGCGUCGGAUAUCAGAAACAUGUUGAAGAGUUUCGGCGGCAGGACGAGCACUGAGCUGUUGUCACCAAAUAUUGAUGAGAUAGAUUCUGAGACUACAACAACAUCAGAAAGUCCUAGAGUUGUACUUGAGCAAGAAUUUGAAAUGCUUUUCGAAGGUAUCAUGCAUCCGGGAAGUGAUGAAUAUGACUGUGAAAUUGGUAUGGGGCGUACCGCUAGAGAUGAUCAAUCAAUGGAAGAUUUCACUGCAGAUGGCCGGCUUAAAGGACAGUCAACAGUUGGCAGAACAACAGCUUCUAAGGUCUUUGCAAUAUGCAACACAGCAGCAUUUUUCAUAUCUAUAAGCAUUGUCAUUUUCUUGGUCAGCAUCAUUCCUUUCCAGCGAAAACCACUAAUGAAGCUACUGGUGGUUGCUCACAAGGUCAUGUGGGUAGCGGUGUCACUGAUGGCCACAGCUUAUAUUGCAGCCAUGUGGAUCAUCAUGCCUCACUGUGAAGGUGCAAAUUGGACCCUUGAAGUAGUGAUAUCUGUGUGUGCAGGGACUAUGGGAUCUGUUUUCUUAUUCCUUGGUGUUACAUGGACCAGACACUGGUUGAUGAAGUUAAAGUGGAGGAAGCAGAGAGGUAAAACUACAGAGGAAAGAGCUCAACAAAAAGCUUUACGAGCACAUAUAAAAGCACAGAAAAGAACAGAGGAUACACCAGAAUACAACUCGUCAUUUUCCACCAACUCCAUUGAUGGGAGUUUCGAAGAACUAGGAUAUCAUACGUACUGA